CCCGCUCCCUUUCCACACCCCCGCUACCUGCCCAGUCCCCGAGAAUCGUGAGGAGGCUCUGAGCCAACGGGGCCGAGCCCACAACUUUGCAGCUUCGGGGAGGGCGAGAGUCGGCGUCCAGGGCUCCUGUUAUCCGCGACUAGAGCUGGGCCCCUUAGGAAUGUAAUCGAAGAUGCUGGCCCUGAGGCUGCUCAACGUGGUGGCCCCUGCCUAUUUCCUGUGCAUCUCCCUGGUGACCUUCGUGCUGCAGCUCUUCCUCUUCCUGCCCAGCAUGCGGGAGGACCCCGCCGCCCCCCUCUUCUCGCCUGCGCUGCUCCACGGGGCACUCUUCCUGUUCCUCUCCACCAACGCCCUGGGCAAUUACGUCCUGGUCAUCCAGAACUCCCCCGACGACCUGGACGCCGGCCAGGGGACCUCCGCCAGGAAAGCUCCAUGUCCCCCGCCCAGCACCCACUUCUGCCGAGUGUGCGCCAGAGUCACCCUGAGGCACGACCAUCACUGUUUCUUCACCGGCAACUGCAUUGGCAGCAGGAACAUGCGCAACUUCGUCCUGUUCUGCCUCUACACCUCCCUGGCCUGCCUCUACUCCAUGGUGGCGGGCGUGGCCUACAUCUCCGCCGUCCUUUCCAUCUCCUUCGCCCACCCCUUGGCCUUCCUCACGCUCCUUCCCACCUCCAUCAGCCAGUUCUUCUCUGGAGCUGUCCUCGGUUCUGAAAUGUUCGUCAUCCUCAUGCUCUACCUCUGGUUUGCCAUCGGCCUGGCCUGCGCCGGCUUCUGCUGCCAUCAGUUGCUGUUGAUCCUGCGGGGUCAGACCCGCCACCAGGUGCGGAAGGGGAUAGCAGUGAGGGCCCGGCCUUGGCGCAAGAACUUACAGGAGGUGUUCGGGAAGAGGUGGCUGCUGGGCCUGCUGGUCCCCAUGUUCAACGUGGGAGGUGAGAGCUCCAUGCAGCGCGACAAGUAGAGGGCACUCCCAGCAUUUCUCUUUCUGUGUCUUGACUUUUCCUGAACAUUAGACCAUGGCAUCCUUGUCUCCACCCAUGACCCACUACAACGUAUGGCUGGUGAUGUCCUAUCGUCCACCCCCCACUGGGACAUGGAGAAAAACAUAGGCUGCUGGAUCGUGACAAGGAGGAAAAUGAGGUCCCCCAGGCAUUUUCACCUUCCCCACAGGACAGCCAGGUGGCUGUCGGGAGGCCACCGCUUUGGUUUCUUUUCCUCGGGGUCCUUGCCUUGCCCCCUUCCAUGUCUCAUGGCAUCACUGCCAUGUGUUACAGCUCUUCCUCUCAGCCCCAUGUUGGGAGUGGGGAGUGAAUUCUUGCUUCCAGGAGGCUGCUUCCUGGGACCUGGAGGCUGGCAAAGAUGUUUAAAAUUACCAGGUCUGCUCUGCCAACUGCCAGGAAGGUUGGAAAAGGGUUGGGGGGUGUCCCCAUCCCCUCCGUGGAACUGUGGGCAAGGGGAAGGCAGAAGAACUCGGUAGCUUGCUGCUCACACCACCCUGCCCCCAAGUUGCAAGGCCUUUCUUUGGGACACAGCAGCCAAUGGUCUGGGAUAGCCAGCUGCUGUCCCCCAUGCAUCUGUCCCCGCUGGCCACCCCAGCCCAGUCCAAGACCUGGCUGGACACUUUCUUUCCCUGGCCUGCUUCCUGCCUUUGCUAGAUGCUGGGAAGGCAAAGAGAAGAGAGAAGAAAGGGGGCCAUACCGAUAAGUGAUAGAGAUAUGUGACUACAUAAGCACUAUAGAAUGGGAUGAGAGAGAGAGAAAGAGAGAGAGAGAGGAAGAGAGAGAGAAGAGAAAGCUUAGGGAAGGGGAAGAGAGGGUCACAGAGUUUGGGCACUGGGUUAUUUGGGGGAAAUGAUGAGAGAGGUGAAUGGGUUCAUUUGUUCCCUGCAUUGAGGACUUUCUGAAAACUAAAGGGGUUCCAUGUUAGACCGUCUUCCUGGACACCGUGGGGUGUGAGUGCCACUAGCCUGGAGGUUUCCCAGCAGGGGCUCAGCAGGCGAGCUGUGGAGAGACUCUCUGCACAGGGUCAGGGAAGGGAACGUCUCUUCCCACCCCAAGAUUCCGGAGUCCUCUUCGUGAUUGCAGGCCGAGAGGCAAGAGCUGCAGAGGUGCCUAUGAGCUGUGUGCUUUCAUGGAAGAGUCUGAAAAUCAUGAUGGGCCCCGCCCGGCCACUCAGGAGAGAGUUGCUGGAGGGAGAAAGUCCACCUGGGUCUUAAUGCUGGUUAAGGGGGGUGGCGUUCGAGGACAGGGAGAUGGAGCUGUUCAGAGGCAGGCGGGGACAGUGGUGGGAGAGCAGAGCUUGAAGGUCAUGCUCACCUCGGAAGGGUGAAAUUGGGAGGGUUGAAGCUGAGGAAGGGGAGACCAGAAUAGAGGGGUGCAAUGGCCAGACCAGCCCUGUUUAUCCAACUGGCUCUGAACAGGGGCACAGCUGCAUGUUCUGGCACGCAAAGGACCAGACCCCUGGGACAUACAAGGGAAUGGAAACAACAUACGUGCCCCUCCCGACUGGGUCUCGAGGUCAGUCAGCCAUUCAUGAAGGCAGCAGGGCUGAAACCCACACUCCACAGUGUCCGUCUG